UUUGAGUGUUUCUAUAUUUUAAUGCCGUUUGAAAGUUACACUAAUUAUAAUAAGACUGAAAAUUCUUGUCAUUAAUAUAUUUUCUGUAAUUUUAUUAGUUUAUCAAAGUUGCUGUUUAAAUUGUAAUUUUGAUUAAAUUGGCUGAAAAUAUUUUUAAGAAAUCUGAUACAAAUGAAUAAUUAUUACUUAGAUAACCAUUGAUGUAGUCCCCGGGUUGUUAACUUUUCUAUAAUAUUAGUAGAUAAACUUAAAAAGAAAUUAUAUAUUAGAGAUAAAUGAUGUUUAACAUAAAUGCUGUUGAAUUUUUCAAAAAUAUCAAAAAAUAUCAUGAUAAUCAAGAAGAUGACUUCAUACAACCAUCUAGUUUAAUACCUACACUUCGAUCAUAUCAACGUAAAGCAGUUAAAUGGAUGAUAGAUAGAGAGAAUGUUAAUAAUUUAAUAAGAAGUGAUGGAACUCCAUUUAGUGGAGGAAUUUUAGCUGAUGAAAUGGGUUUAGGAAAAACGGUUGAAAUGUUGUCAUGUAUAAUGUCAAAUACUGCGCCAUCUGAGUUCUAUAAUCAAAAAAUCAUUAUUAAAGAAACCCCAAGUACUAUGAACAAUUCAAUAAAAUCUGUUUUGCCAACUCCAUCAUCAAGCAAAUACAUAUUAUACUCUAAAAAAUUAAUAGAUGAAAAUCAUUCAAAAUCUGUCUCUCGCAAUUUAUUAGAAAAUUGGUACAAUAGUGUACUGAGUGAAAUGACAUGUGUACCAAAAAUAGUGAAAGCCAAUGAUGAAGGCACUCAACUUCUUGAGUGUUAUUGUGCUGAUACAGUUAUAAAUGAUACAGUAGUAUAUUGUUUAAUGUGUGGAAAAGGACAACAUCCAAAAUGUGUUAAUUUUGCUCCCAAAAUAUUCAAAGAAGUACCAUAUUUAUGUGCAAAUUGCUGGACAAUUAACGAUAAAUUACCAUGUAAAGCAACAUUAAUAGUAGUACCACAAUCUAUAUUGAAUCAAUGGAUUGAAGAGAUAGACAAACAUAUAGCCAACCCAGGUUUAAAAAUUUUAGUUUAUAAUGGUGUCCAUUUUGAUGGUUAUAUACAACCUAUUUCUUUUAAUGAUUAUGAUGUUGUUAUAACUUCCUACAAUAAUUUGAAAAGAGAUUUAAACUAUACUGGAAACAUAGAUAUUGAAAAUCGAUCAACUCGCCUAAGAUACUCUAAACGAUAUUACUACCCCCAGUCUCCAUUACCAUGCAUACUAUGGUGGCGUAUUUGUUUAGAUGAAGGCCAAGCAGUUGAGUAUACUAGCACCAAAGUAUCUGAAAUGGUAUCUUGUUUAAAAUCUGUUCACAAAUGGGCAAUGACUGGUACUCCAAUUCAAAAAUCAUUAAAUGAUCUCUAUGGCAUAUUAAAGUUUCUAGAUGUUAGUCCUUACUGUAAUCGCAAACACUUUUCACAAUUAAUGAAAGGGGAUACUGAAAAAAUGUAUAGUUGGUUUUCUAAUCUUAUCUGGAGGAAUAACAUGCAUGAUGUAAACACUGAGUUAGGUAUACCACCUCAAUCAGUUGAAUACCAUUGGUUAACUUUUUCUCAAAUAGAAAAACAUUUUUAUCAAAAGCAGCAUGAUGAUUGUGCUACAUUAUUUCAGAAUAUUGUUACAAGACUAUUUCCAACACUAGAUAUAUCUUUAAAAAGUAUUGAUAAACGGGAUUUAUAUAAAAUAAUGGGCCCUUUGUUGAAGUUACGUCAAGCAUGUGUUCAUCCACAAGCUGUACGUGGACAAUUUUUAAAAGUAAAAGGAACUAUGACAAUGGAAAAAUUAAUGGAUGUUAUGAUAGAAAAGUGUCGUGUUGAAUGUAAUGAUAUUUUAAGAUCUCUAGUUUCUCAACAUAAUGCAAUUGCAGGAUUAUAUCUUAUUCGGUCUGAGCCAACAAAUGCUAUUGAACACUAUAGAACUGUGUUGAAUUUAAUGGAUAAAUAUAAAGAUAAAAAACUUCAUGUUGAUACCUGCCAGAAAAUUCAUGUCUUGUAUAACUUAUCGAUGGUGCUUGAUGAACACACAGUGGUAUCUCAUGCGUUAUAUGACUCUGAUUUAAAAGAAAAUAUGGAAAAAUUGGAAAAAGACUAUCUUGAAACAAGUAAACAAAAUAUCGAUACUACAAGAAAAACUGUGAAUUUUUAUUCAGUCAAAGUGUCAGAGUUAAUGGGAAAUAAGACAUUAGGCUAUUCAGAUUGGUGGUCUGAUUUAUUAGAUUGGAUUUUUUCAGUUGAUGACUUUUUAAAUAAAGUACAAAUAGAUUUAGAUGACUAUAGAGUGCCUGGUGUUCCUAAUAUUGCUAAUAAACUUAAAUCGAUGAAUGAUAUCUACAACAUUUUAAGUGUUUGGCUUGCAGAUUUAGACAGUGCUAGAAUAGAUACACACUCUAUUUUAAAAGUUCUUGAAGAAAUUCCAAUGUGUGAUUUAGUUCAAUCAGCUUUAUCUUGUCAUUUACGUAUAAAGUCAAGAAGAAGUAUUAAAAAUAGGUGUAUGCUAUGUAAAGCAGAGAGUCAAUUGCAAGAAUAUGAAUCAUUGUUAUUUAGUGUAUCAAAUAAACAAAAAUCUUCAGUGACUGAAAAGGAUGAAGAAAAAUCUGAAACAUUGUAUGAGAGUACGAGUAAAGGUCUUUGGAAAAUGUCACAAAAAGAAUUUUUAUUGACAAAGUUACUUCAGUAUGGACAAGCAAAAAUAAUUAAUAAAAAUUGUUUUAAAGAUGCUGCUGAACAUAUGAAAUUAUUAGAAUUAGUGCGUAAAGAAUUUAGAUAUCUAAGAUUGUUAUGGACACAUUUAAGUGAUAAUUUAGCAGCUCAUGAUGAAAUAGUUAUGGCAAAAUCUAGGCUUAGAUUAGGUGAUACUAUAGAACAAGAUUAUGAUGAAAAUGGUCCACCUAAGAAAAAAUCUAAAAAAGAAAAUGAAAAUGAUGUUAUAAUGGAACAAUAUGUGGAUUAUAAUAUGUUUUCUUUAAAAUCAGAAAUUCCUAUAAGUGAAUCUUAUUUAGAAACAAAAAUUGGUACAUUAAUAUACCUUGAAAAUUUAAAGAAAGAAAAAUCAAACACCACUGAAUUAGAGUCUUGUCCAAUAUGUUGCUACUCUAUAGAGCAAGAAUGGGCAGUAUUACAGUGUGGCCAUUGUAUUUGUAAUACAUGUAUAGCAACUGUUUGCAAUAGAUCUGAUGGUCAUAAUGUAGCUUGUCCAAUGUGUCGUACACAGACACCAUUAAUAUCUAUAUCAUAUGUGAAAAGUAAUCAAGAUAGUAAUAUAAAUGGCAUAGUCUUAAAAGGCUCAUUUUCCACAAAAAUUGAAUCUAUUACUAUAAAACUAAUUGAAUUAAUCAACAACAAUGCUAAUGUUAAAGUUCUCAUAUUUUCAGCGUGGGAUAAAGUACUAGAUCUCCUUGGAGAAGCACUAGAACAAAAUUCAAUAAAAUAUCGAAGACUAAAAACUGGACAAACUUACAAGAAAACCUUAAAAGACUUUAAAACAAACGAAAAAAUUAAUGCAUUACUAAUGAAUCUAAAUUUUGGAUCAAAAGGAUUGAAUUUAACCGAAGCUACUCAAAUUUUUUUUGUUGAACCAGUUUUGAAUCCAGCUGAUAGUUUACAAGCAAUAGGACGAAUUUAUAGAAUUGGACAAACAUUACCUACAUUUAUACAUCACUUUAUUAUUCGUGAAUCUGUUGAAGAAAAUAUUACUAAUAUAUUUUCUAAUGAAUGUCAGUCUAUGGGAAGUUGGGAUGAACUAACUUUGUCACAAUUAAUUAGGGUUUUUGAAAAGAAUGAAUUAUAUGAAGUAACAAAUGAACAAAAUAAUGAUGUAUUAGAACUGCCUGUUGUAUAAUUUUAUGAAUAAUUAUUUCUUAUAAUUUUUCAUUUAUAUUUACGGAA